UUUUUUUUUGGCUCCACCCUGCUGGCUCUGUGACUGCUCAGAAGGAAAUAUUUCCCUGUUGGCAACAGUAUUUGAAGACCGGGCUCUGACGAAAAAUAAGAGGAAGCGUCUGUGUUUGGAAGCAGUUGCAGUGAAAUGAAUAUUCAGCUAACAGUUCGGUGCUGUCUGAAGCUUGAAUUGGAUCUGAAUUGCUCAGAAUUGACUGAGGACAGUUGAACUCAACCGACACUCCCAGCACCCUUUUUGCCUCGAGGAGAAAUAUCAGAAGACACCAAGAGUGUUGUCCUUUCUCCUACCGCUGACGGGAAGUGAGAGAAUCAUCCCUGUUUACCGUGACAAGAGUUUCUUAGAGCUCCGUGUUUCUCUGAUCAAGUGCCAAGAAGAUAAGUUUUCAUUUUCUCAAAGAAAGACAAAAAGUUGUAACCACUGGUGUUUACCAUCAUGGAGACCAAGAGCCACAACAACCCCCAAGAGAGACCCACACCCUCCAGCAGUGGGGAGACUUCUGGGCACGACAAUCAUUCGUUGAUAAAAGCUGUUAAAGAAGGAGACAUUAAGCUGGUCCAGCAACUACUGGAUAAGGGGGCUGAUGUCAAUUUCCAGGACGAGGACGGGGGCUGGACACCACUGCUUAACGCGGUGGAAACUUCCGAGGAGGACAUUGUGGACCUUUUGCUGCGUCAUGGCGCUGACCCUUGUCUGAGGAAGAAUAAUGGGGCCACUCCCUUCAUUGUUGCUGGGAUCGUGGGAAAUGUGAAACUGCUCAAACUUUUCCUUUCUAAAGGAUCCGAUAUCAAUGAGUAUGACCAUAAUGGCUUUACAGCUUUCAUGGAAGCCGCUUGCUAUGGUAAGGUUGAAGCUUUAAGAUUCCUGUAUGAGAAUGGAGCAAAGGUAAAUUUGGGUCGAGAGACAAAGGAGGAUCAAAGGAAGAUUAGGAAAGGAGGGGCCACAGCUCUCAUGGAUGCGGCUAAAAAUGGACAUGUAGAGGUCUUGAAGAUCCUCCUCGAUGAGAUGGGGGCAGAUGUCAAAGCCUGUGACAACAUGGGCAGAAAUGCUUUGAUCCAUGCUUUUCAGAACUCCAUUAAGGAGACAAUGGAGGCCAUCGUUCGCCUUCUGCUAGACCACGGGGUUGAUGUCAAUGUGAGGGGAGAGAAAGGGAAGACACCCCUGAUUCUGGCAGUGGAAAAGAGGAAUUCUGAUCUGGUAAAGAUGCUUCUAGAACAAGAACAUAUAGAAGUUAAUGAAACAGACAGAGAGGGCAAAACGGCAUUGCUGUUGGCUGUUGAACUCAGACUGAAGGAAAUUGUCCAGCUGCUGUGUGAACACGGAGCCAGCACCGAUUGUGGGGAUCUUGUUAUGAUGGCCAGGCGCACUUAUGACAAUUGCCUCGUAAAGCUCCUUCUCAAGUAUGGAGCCAAAGAAGGUUUUCACCCUCCUACUGAAGACUGGAAACCUCAGAGUUCACGCUGGGGGCCGGCCCUGAAACAGCUCCACAGGAUAUACCGCUCUAUGAUUGGCAAACUCAAGAUCUUUAUUGAUGAAGGAUAUAAAGUUGCUGACACUUCAGAAGGGGGCAUCUACCUGGGGUUCUAUGAAAAGCAAGAAGUAGCAGUGAAGCGAUUCUGGGAGGACAGCACACGUGGACAACAGGAAGUCUCCUGUCUGCAGAGCAUCCGGGCGAACAGUGACUUGGUGACAUUCUACGGGAGCGAGAGCUACAGGGGCUGUCUGUAUGUGUGCAUCUCCCUCUGUGAGCAGACCCUGGAGAAGCACUUGGCUGAGCACAGAGGGGAGGCCGUAGAAAAUGAGGAAGAUGUGUUUGCUCGAAACAUCCUCUUAUCUAUAUUUAAGGCUGUUGAAGAGCUACACCUGCUCUGUGGAUUCACUCACCAGGACUUGCAGCCACAGAACAUCUUAAUAGAUUACAAGAAUGCUGUUCGCCUGGCAGACUUUGACAAAAGCGUCAAGCGAGCUGGAGAGCCACAGGAAAUCAAGAGUGAUCUAGAGGCCCUUGGACUGCUGGUCUUAUAUGUGGUAAGGAGGGGAGAGAUCUCUUUUGAGACACUGAAGACUCAAAGUUAUGAAGAAGUGAUUCAAUUUUCUUCAAAUAAAGAAAUUCGGGACCUCAUUCAUCGCCUCUUCCACCCUGGGGAAAAUGUGAAGGACCAUCUGAGUGACCUGUUGGAUCAUCCUUUUUUUUGGAGUUGGGAGACCCGCUUUAGGAUCCUUCGGAAUGUGGGAAAUGAAUCCGACAUCAAAAUGCGGAAACAAGCAAGCAGGAUCCUCCAAAUACUGCAACCUAGAACAACAGAACAGUUCAGUUUUGACCGGUGGACUACUCAGAUUGACAGCUACAUUAUGAAAGAAAUGAAUAAUCAUUACGUAAAAAGCCGUAAUUUCUAUCAGAACACUGUGGGUGACCUGCUGAAAUUCAUCCGGAAUUUGGGAGAACACGUUAAUGAAGAAAAGAAUAAAGUGAUGAAGUCAAUAAUUGGAGACCCUGCCCAGUACUUUCAGAAGAAAUUCCCUGAUCUGGUCAUCCACGUCUAUGUGCAACUACGAGACACAGAAUAUGGAAGACAUUUCCCCAAAACGCACAACACAAACAAGGCUUGGUAUGAUGGGGCCAGCAGUGACCAGAAGGCUGGCCGGCUCUGAGUGAUAACCGAGCCUUCUGAGGUCAGGGAGGUCCUUAUUAGUAUGCACUCCUGAGCAAGUCAGAACUCUCCGGGCCCCUUCACUAAUCCGGUUGCCUGUGAGGGAUGAGUUGCAUAGCUGAGGUGGCAGUUCGUGGCACUGUGCCCAGUAUUUCUCACGUAUUUAUAACAAAAAAAAGUAUAUGCUCAAAUUACCCUGGUCCCAUGGAUAUUAAAACAAUAAUAAAGGAAUACUAUGAACGAC